CUACAGGAGCAGUUGCAACUGUUCCACUGACUACAGAUAUGAGAAACAUGUUGUGUACAGGCGAAGAGAAAGUUGUAUCAUUUAUUAACACCAGAAUACUAUCAAGUGAACAGGAUUUACACUCAUCCAUUCCUAAAUCAAAAAUUGUAACAUUUUCCAGUAUGUUAAAAAAGCAUUCAGCUAAAACCUCAAAUGGAGACUUAGUUACAGUAAAAAACACAAAAAAUUUGUUUGCAAAACUAAUUCUAAUUGCUAAAUCCAGAAAUGUUGAGAUGAGAGAAGUUUUAAAGUAUCCUCUUCGUCCAUAUCCAAUGCCUUUUGCUACAACAACUGGUGGCUUAGUAAAAACACAAAAGAGCAAAUUAAUCAGUUUAAUUGAAACUCCAGUUGUUGAUGCUAUAGUAGAUAAUGUUGAAAAAGGUAAUGCUUUGAUGAUUGAUGCUAUGGCGUUACUACAGACGUUAAAAAUUAUCACUCCAACAUUUAAAGAGUUGUCUGAUUUUCUUCUGUGUACAGUUAUUUCUAUGGGAAACUCCUUUGGAUCAUCUCGUAUUGAUUUUGUCAGCGACAGAUAUCCAGAAGUCAGUAUAAAAGAUCUUGAACGAGAUAAAAGAGCUUCAUUGGGAAGCCAGACAAUCAAGAUUAUGAACCCUAACCAAAAGGUUCCAAAGCAGUGGAAAAAAUACAUGUCUGUUGGAAGCAACAAAGAAGAUUUGGUAGACUUUUUAUAUCAAAGCUGGCAUUUGAGUGAUCCUAGUUUGUUUUGUGGAAUUUCAGUAUACAUAACACAUGGUGAAUUUUGUCAUCAAUUCGUCCCUAUAUUGAAAACUGUUGUUGUGAACGAAGUAGCUGCUUUGCACUGCAAUCAUGAGGAAGCAGAUACACGCCUUUUAGCUCAUGUUGAACACGCCAUCACCAACGGGAUUAAAAAUAUCAUUAUUCAAAGUCCGGAUACUGAUGUGUUUGUAAUAAGCUUAAGUAACACGUUUUGUAAAGAUAGUUGUCUAUACUUUCUCACUGGAAUAGAAAAUAAAAGAAGGAUUAUCUCAAUAAAUGCUGUCAUACAGCAUUGGAAUAAAAAUUGGUGCCAGGCAUUUAUUGGUUUUCAUACAUUUACAGGUUGUGACACAACAAGCUCGUUCAUGGGAAAAGGUAAAGGGAAACCCCUUAAGGUCCUCUUUGAGUAUACCGAAUUUCUUGACACAUUUAGUCGAUUAGGAGAUUCCUUUAUAAUUUCAGAAAGUGUUUUAAGUAGUCUGGAGAAGUUUGUCUGCUAUAUGUAUCAAAAGAAUUCUACUUGUAAUUCUGUGAACGAAAUGAGGUAUCAAUUGUUUAAAUCCGGAAUACACGACGAAGAACUGCUCCCAUGUCUCUUAGAUGUCAUAUAA